AUGCUGAUUUUGAAGCGAUAUUUAGAAAAGAAAAAUGAUAUUCAAGCCGUGCACACUAUAGAUCGUCUUUUUGGAUCAAAGGGAGUAUGCGAGAUACGCGUUUACCUCUCCUUCACAGUGAGGAUGUGGAGUGUGUGGACAGUGGUUAUUCUGACAACGGAAAGAUUUCUACUCAUCCUAUUCCCCUUGCGGUUUCAAAAGUUCCUCUCUCCCAAGGUUGCUUGGAUCACAAUCGGAUGUAGUACCUUGCUCAUUGGAUUGAUCAGCCUGCCGUGGUUGUUUAGCUUCUCUUACGUUGUCCAAAAGGAUUGUUCUACCACAGAAGCUUCGGGGUCCAGCAUUAACAUAUGCAAACCCGGGUUCACCUUCUUCGUGUGCCGAGUCGUCGAGAUUCCUCUGAUGACCCUCAUACCUGGCAUCAUCCUUUUGGUGGAGAACAUGAAAAUCUCGGCCACUCUGUCCGAUCGGCGUCGAAUGUGGUUGCGCGUAACCAGUCACAGAGAAAACAAUCUCCGCAAAGUUUCUGUGUCCAACAUUUCCACAGAUUCUCACGCCUUCGAACCGGGAAACCUAAUGGCUCAAAGUCAUGUCGAGGCAAGGCGUAGCGAACGUCAACUGACCAUUCGGCUUUUUCUUGUUUCCAUGGUGUUUUGGGUACUCAGUGUUCCCAGUUUCAUCAUGAUAGCCACCCAGACCAUACUUGAGUUUACGGAUCACCGUCAAAUGUACUUAUCAUGGCCCGUGGCAGACGCGUAUUAUAUAUCUACCUUUUUGUUCAUCCUAAAUUUGUCCAUAAAUUUUAUCAUUUACUGUGCUGUUGGGUCGACAUUUCGCAGAGCAUUUCGAGCACUGAUUACUUGCCACUGGAAAGAGUUCACACGUUUACGGGAUUUCAUUUGCCGAGACUUGGUCGAGUUGACCGAACACAGUGACGCCCCUGAGCAUCUUGUGCAACGUGGCCGGAGGAUGGGCGGACAGCGACCCAGAAAAGCAGAUGCUUGCGAUAGUGACUUACCACUGAAACCUCUGACAAUUCCACAGCGAUGCUGCACACAGAAACCCAACCGCUACCACUCUUUUGUCUCGCUACGUAACAAACCUGUUUCAUUGUGA